AUGAAGGUACUCAGACCUUCUUUGCCUGUCGUAGCCGAGCCCAUCAAUGUCGAUCUUGAAACAUUAUUCAAUAAAACAAUAUCUUUUAUCCUUCAUUCUGUCUCGACUUUUUAUAAAGUACAAGAACGUGAAUCUGAAUAUGUUAGUGAUAGAUUAAAAUCAUCAAUUACCGAUACUAUACUUGCAUUAACCAUCUUUAGAGAUCAUUUCAAUGCCCAAUUUGUAUUCUUAUUCCUUUUAUUAUUAUUCUUUCAAGUUUUCCAUUGGUUAACAAAGAAUCGUGUAGAAUAUAUUGAACAUACUCCAUAUAACUUUUUAAAUCAAUGCAGAUUGUGUGCAUUGAUGUUAUUCCUUUUGGGUGGAGACUUUGGUUUUAUUUAUUAUGCCGUCUUAUCAUUAAUGAGAGAGGGUCCAAAUGUUAUGAUAUUAUUUGGUUUAGAGUUUGGAUUAUUAGUUGUAACAAAUAUAUCAACAUUGAUUACAUUUUUCAUUAAUAUUGAAGGUAUCAAGAGAGAAGGCAGAUGGGAUAACAAGGGAUUGUACAUUUUAUAUUUGGAAUUUGUUACCGAAUCCAUCAAAGCUGCACUCUACCUUAUCUUUUUCUUUGUAACUCUAUUUUACAAUUAUGGUUUACCAAUUCACAUUAUUAGACAAAUAUUUAUUUCAUUAAAGACUUCGAUUAGAAGAUUCAAUGAUAUCAGAAAGUAUAGAAACAUUACAAACGAAAGAUUUGCCGAUGCAACAGAACAAGAACUGGCCAACACUGACAGAAUUUGUAUUGUGUGUCGUGAGGAUAUGACACAUGGAAAGAAGUUGCCGUGUGGUCAUAUUCUUCAUCUUUCCUGUCUGCGAUCAUGGCUUGAAAGACAACAAUCAUGUCCUAUUUGUCGUGCAGAUGUAUUGGCUGAUCCACCAGUUGUUAAUCAUCAUGCAGCUCAACAACAACAAGCACAACAACAACAACCAGCAGUAGAUGUUGCUGCACCAGCUCAAGCACAGGUUCAACCACUCGACCAACAACAACAACAACAACAACAACAACAACAACAACAACAACAUCCAGCUGCUGGAGCGGCAGCAGUUGCACCACUUCAACAACUACCAAACUUUAGACCUCAAAUUGCAAAUCCACUUCUUCGUGAAAUGUUGUUGCAAAAUGCAGUCAGAAAUGGUAGAUUACCAAUGUUAAAUAUGAAUAAUAAUAAUAAUAUGGAUGGACAACAACAACAACAACAACAACAUACAAUUGCAAUCAAUCCAAAUCAACUUUUGAAUCAAACAACUCAACAAAAUCAAUUGCUUCAACAAAGAUUACAACAACAAACUUUAAUUGCCAAUGCAGCCUCUAGUACAACUGAAUACAAUCCAUUACAACAUUUAAUGUUUAUUCAACAACAUCUUCAAUAUCUAUGUCAACAAACAGAAUUAUUAUCAUUACAAUUAUCUUUAAAUCCUCAAUGGACAAAUAAUAUGAAUAAUAUGAAUAAUAAUAAUAAUAUUCAACAACAACAAAAUAAUAAUAAUAUUGAUAGUAGUAGUAGUAAAGAUGAAAAGAAAAAAGAAAAGGAAAAGAAUGUAAGGUUUACACCUCCAACUCCUACAUUUUCUUCAACUAUGGCAACCUAUAUUAAAAGUAAAGAACAUAUUUAUGACGAACCAACAAUUGAAGAGGAAGACGAAGAAGAAGAGGAAGAAGAAGAAGAGGAGGAAGAAGAAGAAAAUAAUUAUCCUUCUACUUCUACCACAUCUACAACUUCUACAACUUCUACUACCACUACUACUACUACCAACUUUUCCUCAAACAUUGAUAGUAAUUCGCCACCAAAGGAGGAAAAAGUAGUUAAAUCACAAUCCGACGACUGGAAUGAACAACUUCGACAAAGAAUCAAUGCACUACAUAAAGAACAACAAAGAGAAGACAACAACGACGAUCAAGAUGACCAAUAA